ACACCGAGGGAGGGAAAAUGGCGAGCGUUUGAACAGCUGAUUUCGAAAUCCUCGGUAUUUUUGACGUGAUUUCCAUGAAUGAGGAUGUGUAUGUGGUGUAUUACUGGUGUGAGAGGUUCUACGUCUUUGUAAUAAGGAAGUUUCGUUGCAUAUCUGGCACGUAACAGAGGGAGGAAUGGUGCUGGCUAGGCGUAUCUAUGGAGCACUCGAAGGAUUCUGCAUCCGUACCUUGCCGGAAGUUCCUUGGAAGAUUUGCAGUGCCAGUGAAUAGCAGUGGCUGUGUGGGUCGAGGGAAAUUCUCUCCUCCCUUACUUUACGGCAAUGAUUUAGGGAAAGCUGGACAGAAACCCAUAACUGUUGUUUCCCCUUCGGUGAAUCAUGAUUGCACCUUUGGGGACUCCUUCUGCAAUGAUGAUAUACUGGACGGUGUAUGUGAAAUUGAGGCCCAGUAUGUGGUCUCCUCGAAAAAAAGGCGGUCUUCUGUGCUGUUUUCCAGCGACUCCCCUAAUCAAGGAAAGAAACAUGGGAAGAGAAGAAGGACACAGUCAAAUUGUGGUGCAGAGAUGACAGUUAGUGGGAAGCAUUGCCCAUACCCUGGGGAUAAGGAGAAUGUCUUGGCUACACCAAUUGGGGCAGAUACUCUUGAGGCUAUAGAUGCUCUGGAUUUAGAUGAAGAUGCCUUCCCAGAUGAAGUCACUUCUCCUUGGUCUGAGCGAAGCACAGACGUUGCACUUAAACAUGGUAGCAAACGUACUUCAGCGAAGAGCAGAAGUAGUGGUAACAGGAGCAAUGUUUUCUUGGAUAUCUCACCCUCUGAAGGAAAUGUGACUCUACGAAGAUCCCAGAGAAUCAGAGUGAAGAGUGAAGAAGAGAGAGACACAUUCAGGGCCACCCCCAUUCAUGGGAACAGUGAUGGUAUUGUAGUUUGUGGCUCAAAAAACACCGCAGGCAAAAGUCCAUGUGCCACACCUAAACGCAGAGGAAGGUCAAGGGAUGAGAUCGAUAGAGCAAGGAUCAUAUUAAACACUGCCAAAACUUCUGCUAGACUGGUUCCAGGAAGACCUGAGUCACACUUUAAAGAGAAACUAGAGGAAAAGAGUGCAAAGACCUUGAAUGGUGAUGCAACUAGAGGUAAAAGUGAAGUUGACAGUCAUGGGACACAAGUGACUGAUUCCCCUGUCCCCCAACCUGGUCAUAGAAAGAAAAGGGUUGGAGGAACAGUAAUGGCUAAAGAGAGUAAAGAAAAAGAUGAGGGUAAACAGGAAACACCUAAUGCCUUAGUGCAGUUAUAUAAUGGGAAUGAUGUUAAUGUUUCACCAAAUAACAGUUCAAGACAAGUAAAACUCAAAGCUGAAAUGAAAGCAACAACUAGUAAACAGAGUCCUUUAAAAAUGGAAGGAGAGAAGAGUGGUGGCCCCUCACCUGGUAGAAAGGCUCGUGAAAAUAAAGCACGAAACACCUCAAACCAAAGUCCAGAUAGACUGGUAAAACCUUUUAAAGAGAACCAAUGUGAAAAUGGCAAACCUACCAAACCCCCAGGAGAAAACUGUCAAAGUCAUGUUGAGUCUGGAGUCACAGAAGAAGUGAAACAACCUGCUAGAGAUUGUGGCCAGGUGUCUGCAGCAAAGUAUCUGCCUCUGGACAAACCUGGAACUGUUUUUCAUGGCCAAGGUCCUGAAGCCACAGCACCUCCUGUGCUAUUAAAAAACAACUCUCCUUGUGAAGCAAAAGAAUUGGAGAGAAUAUCUGCAGUAAAAGAACCUGUAUCUCCAGACUUCUGCAUUGUACAAGCUAGUCCAAGACCCAAGACAGCACUGAGGUCUCCAUUUGCUGAUUCCAAGAAUAUGUCGAGCUUCAUUUCCACGCAGGCAAAAUUGGAAAUGGCAUCCUGGGGUUUGCCUGAAGCCAUCUUGGAGCGUUAUGUAAAGAAUGGAAUCCAGACAAUGUUUUCAUGGCAAGCGGAAUGCUUAAGCUUGCCAGAAGUUCUAAAUGGAAAAAACUUGGUGUAUUCUGCUCCAACUUCAGCAGGCAAGACGUUAGUGGCAGAGCUCCUACUACUGAAGCGGGUGAUCGAAACUGGAAGAAAAGGGGUGUUCAUUCUGCCCUUUGUCUCAGUGGCUAGAGAGAAGAUGUAUUACUUGCAGAAAAUGUUUGGUGUGGUUGGUGUGCGCGUCGAGGGAUUCAUGGGCUCGCAGGGUCCUCCAGGGGGUCUCCGUGCCACAGAUAUUGCUGUCUGCACAAUUGAGAAGGCAAACAACCUAGUCAAUCGACUGCUCGAGGACCAGCGCAUAAAUGAACUGGGCAUCAUUGUGGUGGAUGAAGUGCACAUGCUGGGAGACUCCCACCGCGGCUACCUCUUAGAGCUGCUCCUUACUAAGGUCAUGUAUAUGUCCAACAGUCUCAAGGAUGGAAAACAGGGUGCUGAUGCAAAGUCGGGAAUCCAGAUUGUAGGCAUGUCGGCAACUCUCCCCAACUUGGAUCUCUUAUCGCAUUGGCUGGGUUCCCAGCUCUACAGCACUGAUUUCCGGCCCAUCCCACUCCAGCAAAUGGUGAAGAUUGGCAAAGCAGUCUACGAUUCCAGCAUGACAAGAAUUCGAGAUUUAGAUCCUUUAUUGACUGUUCAGGGAGAUAGUGAUCACCUCAUACAGCUGUGCCUCGAGACGGUGCUAGAUGGCCUCUCAGUCCUUGUGUUCUGCCCCACCAAGGCAUGGUGUGAAAAGCUAGCUGAGGCAGUGGCAAGGGAAUUCUUUAACAUAGGAAAGGCUGACAGUAAGUACCCAGCAGAAAUUAGCAUUCGGCUGCGAGCAUCUCUAGAUUCUGAUGGCAUAGCCAGGGUCAUGCAGGCCAUGCGCAAGUGUCCAGUGGGCCUGGAUAAUGUUUUAGCUCGCUCCAUAGCUUUUGGAGCUGCAUACCACCAUGCAGGACUCACAUUUGACGAGAGGGAUAUUAUAGAGGGAGGCUUUCGCACAGGCUCCAUUCGCGUCCUCAUCGCAACCUCAACACUGUCCUCUGGAGUCAAUCUGCCAGCACGUCGUGUCAUCAUUCGAUCUCCAGUGUUUGGAGGGAAGAUUCUUGAUACACAGACCUACAGGCAGAUGAUUGGCCGAGCAGGAAGGAAGGGGGUGGACACGGAAGGAGAAAGUGUCCUUAUCUGCCGUGAAGGAGAGCAGCAUAAGGCCCAGGUGCUUAUGACCUCCUCCCUGCCUGCCAUCACCUCCUGUCUUCAACAAGAUGCAUCUCUAACCUCUAGCAUGAAAAGAGCCAUACUGGAGGUCAUAGUGAGUGGCAUAGCAACUAGCCCAGAGGAGGUUGAGCAUUACAGCAAAUGUACUCUCCUAGCAGCCUCCUUAAGGGAUGAAGCAAGUUCCUCUCAAGCUGACACUCAGAACUCAAUUCUCAGUUGUGUUGAAUUUCUUGAGGAGAAUGAAUUCAUUAGACUACAGGAAGUUGACGGAAGCACCCGUUACACCAGCACUCAGUUAGGCUGUGCUGUUCUAGCCUCUGGCUUGUCACCUGAUGAAGGCCUACAUGUCUUCAGUGAGCUGCACCGGGCCAGGAAAUGUUUUGUCUUAGAAAAUGAACUGCAUAUUAUCUAUCAGGUGACACCUGUGUAUGUAAGUUCUGCAUGGCCGAACAUGGAUUGGCUUACCUUCCUGAGCAUUUGGGAGAGCCUUAGUGAGGACAUGAAGCGUGUUGCAGAAUUAGUUGGUGUGGAGGAAAGCUUCAUUGUGAGGGCCAUGAAGGGAACAGUCAACAGGAGGGUGAGGCGACAGGCUAAACAGUUAGCUGUUCAUCAGCGCUUUUACACGGCGCUUGCCCUUCAUGAACUGGUGCAAGAGGUCCCCCUGAAUACAGUGGCUCGGAAGUAUGCAGCCACUCGAGGAAUGCUCCAGGCGCUUCAGCAGUCGGCGGCCACAUUUGCAGGCAUGGUCACAGUCUUUUGCAAUCGCCUUGGCUGGCACAGCAUGGAACUCUUGCUUGCCCAGUUCCAGGACCGGCUUCACUUUGGCAUCCAGCGAGAGCUGUGUGACCUUGUGCGACUGACACUCCUCAAUGGGCAGCGUGCGAGAGACCUCUACAAUGCAGGGCUGGAGACGGUUGCUAGGGUGGCCCAUGCCACACCCCGUGAGGUGGAGGACAUCCUAAUAGCUGCAACGCCAUUUCACAGCAACAAAAUGGGGGAGGAGGAACAACACAAAGGGGGCACCAUCUGGCUGUCAUCGGGACAACCACUCACAGAAGCUCAAGCAGCAGUACUCAUUGUCAAGGAAGCGAGGCUGCUUGUUCAGAAAGAACUUGGCAUUACCAACAUUGACUGGACACAGAAGACUGAAGCUUUUACAACCCCUAGCAGGAACAUGACUGUAUCACAGGGUGGCUCUAACACCACCAGGCGCAGUGUGUCAAGUGUAAAAAGUCGAAAUUCAAUCUCCCCCAAUCUUAUCUUGAGGUCUGAGUCAGUUCUUGGAAAAAAUACUCUAGCCUCAAGGAUUGUAGGUGUUGUUGAGGAAUCUGUGACACCCUUGCGGAGGAGCAAGAAAAAACGGAUUUCCCCAGCAACAAGACUCCUGCGAAGAAUGUCAAAAUCUCCGCAAAUGGACCUUACCAUGGAUAGAAGCAUGAAGAAGAGACAUGUAGUUGACUUGAAUGAAAAGCAAAAUAGGAUGAACUGUAGUGAUAACUUACCUAAGCAGAAAACCUCUCAUUUUGAGAUUAUAGGCUGUACUUCUACUGAUAAUUCCAAAGAUAAUAGAGAAAAAUCAAACCAUCAUUCUAGUAUUGUCAACAAGAAUGAUGGAAUAAAUGAUCAGUAUAAACCCAGUACAGUAAGUAGUGAUAUCAUACCAGAGUUAUCACAUAAAGAGAAGGAGAUUUCUCAUUCAAGUGAGAAAAUCCAUUUCAGCAAAUUUCUAAAAGUCCUGCGGAUGAAUGACAGUGUUGAGAAGAGAAGGGAGGUCACACCAGACCAACAGAAAUCUGAGACUAGCUCUAACAGACGUGAAAGGAAGGACCUGAAGGGAAGGACAAAGAACAGGAGAUCUGUUGGAGAAGAAACAGCUGAUAGUGCAGUACAGGAAAUGGGAAAGGGAGAGAAGAAGACAGAAAUGAUAGCACUAGAGGAGACUGGAAAGAGCUUUGUGACAGGCUGUAGUAAAUCUGAAAAAAGAGGCUCUAUUCAAAGAAAUGAAGCACAAGCAGCACAAGAAGAUAUGAAGAGGACAGAAAUAAGCAAAGUAGGAAACAUUAAAGACUCAGUGAAGGAGAAUGAAAAUAGAGAAACUGCUAAGAGUGGGAUGGUAAUAACAACUACUGAUGGAGGUGAAAGGCCAAAGAAUCUCCCCAAAAAGCCAUCAUCAAUUGCAGGGCUUCUGUUUGGUAAGAGCAAGCCUAGAAAAAAGGAGAUAGAAGCAAAUGUAAAACAGACAGUUGAUGAGAGUGAUUCUUUCUGCAUUCCUGAAUCCCAGGAGGACAAAGCUGAUAACCUUUUCUCUCCAAAACGGAGACAAAGAGUUCCUUCAAAAGAGAAGGAGGCCCAUAUUACCAGUGUAUGUGUAGAUCUUGCGAAAUUGCCAAGGAGCAAACCCAUACGUAAGGCUAUUGAUGAUACUGGGAAAACACCCCAGGGGAAUAUAGCUAAUGAAAAGCAUAUAGAAACCAACAGAGAAAGUGGAAAGGGAAAGAGCACUGAUGUGAACACCAGCACACCAGUGGUAGAACGACUCAAGACUACAUUAGCUGUACGUGCCACAACUCCCAUAAGUGAUUCUUUAGAUGGAAUAAUAGCCAAUUUAAGCUUCAAUGAUUCACAGGCCAUUGAAGAAAAUGGCAAUAUAUUUAAGGAUGAAAGUGACCUUUUUAAGGAAAGUGAUGUUGGUGAGGUGUCUGGGGAUGCAGGGCAGCUUGAGGACAAAACCUGUGCCAGAGAGAAACAUCAAGGAGAGACCUUAGAGGAGGAGAAGCAGCCAGAUGUGGAAAGCCAUCUAAUUAAUGACAGCAUUGGCCUCCUGUCAGAAUCACAGAAAGACAAUUUUUUCAGGACAUUGGGCUCCCAGGAUUUUGAUGUCAAUGAGCCUGAAGAACACUUGGAAGAUAAGCUGUUAGCUUGCAACAGCAACAGGCAACAAGAGAUAGAGGUAGAUGAAGAAGAAAUGGAGAUAGAUGAGAAGGGAGUGGGAGUUGUGCAAGAGCAUUUUUCAUUAUUAUUUUCAAAUGAUUUUAUUAAGAAGAAGAAUAAAGAAGCUAAGAAAACAAUUGUAUCUGUAGGUGUUAGAAAUCAAAAUCAGGAAAAAUUAACAGCAUGCAGUGCAGUCUUGCCAAUAAAAACACCCCUGGCUGUCCUAAAUAAGAAGCAAAAGAUUGAAACACCAAUGUACCAGGCAUGCUCAGAAGAACUUGACUUUGGGUUUGACUUGAGUCGAACAGAAAAUAGAGCUCCCUCAGAGAAAAAACAAAACUUUAAUACCAAUAAAGAUGGUUCCUACCUGAAUAUCUCGCCUGAGAGAAUCCCUCAGGUAGAGCCGAAGUCUUUGACUAAACAGAGGGAGACUCAUGAUGCUGCUCCUAUUUCACUUUCAGAAGAUGAGGUGCCAAAUCUUGAAUAUCUGUCUGAUGGGGAAUUUGACCAGAAUGUUUGUGAAGUGCUGGAUGAGGAUGUGGGUGAAAAUGUCCACAGAGGAGAUGACACACUCUCUGAUUCCUUCUUGGACCAAGCAUUUGAGAGUUAUCUACACCUUUCGUCAAACACAGAUGAGUUAGAAGAAAGCAUGGGUUUACAAGGAGCCACUGAACAUGCUGCAUCAGGAACCAGUGGAGAAAGUGAAGAGUCUUCUAAUGUUCUGGAAAAGAAUUGUCUUGGAGAUACAUUUGGGGAAUUAAACAUGACACCAGGCACAGAAGCAUUGCUUGAUGGCUUGGUGGAUUGCCACUAUAAAAAGUCUCAAUGCAGGGAGAGUGUUCUUGUGGAUCCAAAGCAGACAGGCAAAGCGAGGCUCUCAGAUGACCUUUUUGCUACCCCUGUGUCCCCUGCACCAAGGAGGAGGAGUCAAAAGGAAUGUACAGGAGAUAAAAGGAGGGAUGCCAAAAGGGGUAGGGAGGAAGAUAAGACCCACAGACUUCACGAACCUAAGGAUUCUGAAAUGUCAUCAUCAGCUGGGCCAUCUAAUAUUGUGAAGGAAGAUGGAAAGAAGCAGAAAUCAGUAGGCAACAGAGAUUUGGAUGAAGGUGGGCCUUUUGACAGUGGAGGAACAGUGACAAGAUCUCUGAGCAUCAUUAAUGUUGUAAACAACAGCAAACUUUUUGAAUGUUUCAAAAAUGAAUGGAGUGAGCAGAGGACUUACUCUAUUGCCCUGGCUUGUGAAAAAGCACCAUCCCAGCAGACAAAAGGAGGAAUAGGCUGGAAAGUGACAGGACAGAGCCGUACCCCACGACGGAGCCAGCGGCCACUGGAGAAGGAGGUAGCAGGGCUGGUGGUGGAAAACACUGAGCUUCUGCUUGUAGGAAUGGCCAUCUGUUGGGGUGGCCGUGAUGCCUACUACAUCAACCUAAGGACAGUGCAAGAGGAGGCCAUCAGCUGCAGCCUGCCCACUCCUCCCCUCUCGGAUGCAGUGCCUUUGAAGAAUCGCAUUGAAGUUAUCAGAAAGGUCAUUACAAAUGCAGAAGCAAAUUCAACAGUGCGCGUGUGGGAUGCCAAGACCUGCGUGAGGCUCCUGGCUGCAGCUGGACUGGGGAUCUUAUUCACUCAGACAGAAGACCCAAGGGUGGCGUCCUGGAUGCUUGACCCAGGGGCCAAAGAGCAGAAUCUUUAUAACAUGGUAAUGACCCAUGACCUGGAGAGCUUACCACUGCUUGAAGGUGUUGGGAGUUCAUGGGGCCUGGCCAGCUUAGGAGUAAAUGACAAGAAUCCUGGGUCCUGCAGAGUCCGGGCUGCUACAGAAGCCGUUGUGGUAUACCAGCUGAUGCGCAAGAUGAGAUGUCAGCUGAAAGAGAUCGGGAUGCUGCAGGCCUUUGAGGAGGUAGAGAUGCCAAGUGUAGUGACACUAGCGUGCAUGGAGAUGACUGGAAUGGGUUUCAGUAACCUUGAAUGUGAGGCACAAAAGGCAAUAAUGCAGAAACGCAUGUCGGAACUGGAGAAGGAGAUGUAUUCCCAGGUGGGUCAUCCCUUCUCCCUCACCUCACCAGAUGAAGUGAGUCAGGUGCUGUACUGUGAGCUGCGCCUACCGUUACCUGCAGGAGCUUCGUCCCAUAGGGGAGGGCGUGGACGGGGAGGAAGAGGUGGGCGUGGCAGCAGGACGAGUGGGCCAACAAAUAAAGAGACGCUUGAGAAACUGUCCCAGCACCACACACUACCAGCAAAGAUUCUCGAGUGGCGUAGGAUCAGUUCUUCUCUCACCAAGAUCCUAUUUCCCCUGCAACAAGAACGGGUUUACAACCUUAGCCUGACCAUGGACCGCAUACACACCUCCACGCACACCUUCACUGCAACUGGCAGGGUCACCAUGCAUGAACCCAAUCUACAGAAUGUUCCCAAAGACUUCAAUAUUCAGGUGGCUGUUGACUCAGGAGAAGCAAGAGGCAGGGGUAAGCGAGCCCAGCAGAGAGCACUGGCUAAUUCAGCAAUUAUGAGUCAAUUAGGCCCCCUCUUGGAGAGCGAGCAUGAGGGACACACGGUCAGUCUACGCCAUGCUUUUGUCGCCUGUCCUGGCAGCUGUGUGCUCCUGGCUGCUGAUUACUCACAGCUGGAACUGCGACUGUUGGCGCACCUGGCUUCAUGUGAGAAACUCUUGCGGCUGUUGAAUGGUGGUGAGGAUGUUUUUACCAGUAUUGCCGGCCAGAUCCACAUGGUUGAACCUGGUGAUGUCACGACAGAGUGGAGGCAACAGGCUAAGCAGAUCUGCUAUGGCAUGCUUUAUGGCAUGGGAGCCCGUGCCCUGGGAGAACAGCUGGGUGUUGAUGAGAAUGAUGCCCAGACCUUCAUGGACCGGUUCAUGGGGCGGUUCCCAGGUGUUAGGCGGUUCCUGCAGACCACAGUGGAGGACUGCCGAAAGAAAGGCUAUGUCCUCACCUUAAUGGGUCGCCGGAGGUACUUGCCCAACAUCAAUAGCCAGAAUGUACAUGCAAGGGCCCAGAGUGAGCGGCAAGCAAUAAACACUACCAUCCAGGGCUCAGCAGCAGACCUGGUGAAGCUGGCCAUGGUCAGGAUUGCCAAAGCCCUUAAACAGGCAUUCCCCCGGGCCCCAACUCACCUCACGCAGCCGACCAGUCAUGGCCAAGAGAUCUCUGGGGCAUUUCUUGUGUUGCAGCUGCAUGAUGAGCUGGUUUAUGAGGUGGUGAGUGAUGAUGUGAUCCAGGUAGCUCAGCUAGUCCGGAGCCACAUGGAAGGGGUGCGCCAACUGGCUGUCAGUCUUCCUGUUAAAAUCAAAGUAGGGCCAUCCUGGGGAUCUAUGCAAACCUUGAACCUCUAAGACAUGUUACCUGCUUCUUGAAACGGUGAUCUCUCUCCUGUCUUGUGAAUGGGGAGGUUAAAGUGGCUAUGUCACCAGUGAGAGUGCUUGUGUGCUUUUUAAUAACCUUUACAUACUUAGGCCUAUUUUAUUUAUUUAUUGAACAUUUUGUGCCGCAUCAACAUCUGAGGUUAUUUGCAGGGUAUGCAAAAUAUAUUGAUACGGUGGGGAUUCGUAAGAAAGUUUUUGGUUUUAGUAAGGUGGCGUUUGUGGAUUUACAGAAUGCUCAAUAGUCAAUGCAAACAAAUGUACCAGACAUCAAAGGUCACACAGCAGUAUGGUAAAGUAUUGUGGCGAAAAAGGUAAAUAUGAGCUAACAAUUUGGAUAAGUGGACAGAGGAAGGGGAUGAAGAGAAGGAAAAAGAAAGAGGAAGAAGAAAAGUCCCUGCGAAAUUAGUUGAGGCGAGGGCAGAGGUCCAAGGUAGAGGCGAUCCUACAUUGGAGCCCAGUCCUUCCCUCCUGUGUCCCUCCGUGGUAGCAAGCGAUUGGGGAUAUUUAGGCCUAGGUCAGGGAAAUGUUGGAAACUCCAAAAAUGAGAUAUACCAUAUUCUUAUAUUUCUUACUGAAGUCUGAACAGAUUUCAUGAGAGGUAGUAAUUUGCAGUGAUUUUUAAAUAAUGUUUUUAAAGAUAUUUAUUCAGUAUGAAAAAUUUGUUAUCUAGCAUUUUCUAAGCUAGAUAUUGGAAUGAUGGUAGUAAGAUAAAUACAUAACUGUAUAUUUUGUGUAAAAUAGUACAGUAGAUGGUUUUGAUUUGACCAUAUAGUGUGCAGGCCAGACUAUACCUUUCUUUACAUAUAAACCAAAAAUAUAUGCUUGAAUUUUUAGGUACAGUAUUGAAACGAUUUUCUUAAAUAAUCCUGAGUCUGUAUGUGAAUGAAUAGAGUGUGCCUUUAUAUUGCAAUAUUUUCAAAGGAAUUGAUACUUAUGUGUGUACAUGGCUUUGUAUAGUUUUAAUAUUUAUAUUUAAUAUAUAUUGUUUUUGUUAAUUGAAGAGCAUGGUAUUUUUUACAAUGGUAUAUAUUUACUUUUUAUAAGGAUUGUGGCUUUACAACAUGUUGAUGUAAUAUAUGGAUUAUUGUGGAACAAAGUGAAGGAUAUUUUUAUAGAUCAGACAUUGUAAAUUUGUGAAUAAUAAAUAUUGUUGUGAAAGAUAUGAGAAAA